AUGAGUAAAGAGAUUGUGAUUGAUACUGUUGUUUAUAAAAUUCAUCCAUAUUAUAAUUUAUAUGCUGCUUCUGAAAAUGGAACUGUUAUACAUAUCAUCAAACAGGAACCACUAGUUGGUCAUAAAUCACAUACUGGUUACAGACAAGUUGUUGUGAGACGCUAUAAUGAUCGCAAACAAAAGGGAUAUUUUAUCCACCGAUUCAUCUGGGAAUGUUACAAUGGAAUUAUUACUAAUGAUAGAGUAAUUGAUCAUUAUAACGAUGUUAGGGAUGAUAAUAGACUUUCUAAUUUACAGCUGCUAAUUACGCAACAAGAAAAUUGUCUGAAGUCAGCCAAAAAACGAGAUUAUUCAUUUGCUGUAAGAAAUAACCAAAAUCGGAAAUUUGUGAAGGCUAUUGAUCUAGUGACAAAUGAAAUUGUAUAUUAUAAUAGUUUAUACUCGGUCCAACAACACAUAAAUGUUAAUUGUGGUAUAGUAAAGAUGGUAUGUGAGGUAUUGUAA